AUGAUGGCCCUAACAGUGCCAAAUCCGCCGACGACGCCGCGACGAGUAAAGGUGUAUGAGUUGAGGAACAAUGACUGGUUCGAUAGGGGAACUGGAUACUGUACAGGACAGCUGGUUAAUGACGAACCCCAUAUACAGGUGAAAUCGGAGGAGGAGCAGGACCGGAUGCUGCUGGAGACUAAGAUAAUAAAAGAUGAUGGCUAUCAGAAACAACAGGAAACCCUUAUCGUGUGGACUGAGCCACAUGGUACAGACAUGGCAUUGAGUUUCCAAGAACCCGAAGGGUGUGCAGCGAUCUGGGAGUUCGUUAGUCAUGUCCAAACUCAUUUACUGUCCAUGUCCGGAACAGAUGAGAUGUUAUCAGACGAUCCAAACGAAGCAAUGAUAGCUUCCAUUAUGCAAUAUUAUGAAGAUGAUGAUUUAUUGAACGAUACGUUGAUCAUCGAGCACAUUGUCAUGGAUGAGGUUGUACUGGGGGUUGUAGGGAUCCUAGAGUAUGACCCUGACUUCCCAAGCCACAAGGCCAAUCACCGCCAAUUCCUCUCGGACAAAUCAAAUUCAAGGAGAAUUCUCGACGAUCCGACUUUCUCCGUACUUAAUUCUCUUAUCUUCUUCAAUCAGGUUGACAUCCUGCAACAUUUGCAAAGCAACCAAGCUUUCCUAAAGGAUCUUUUCGCGAUUUUUCACACAGAGGGUUCGGAACCGUCGAAAAAGAAGAAUGGUGUUCUCUUCAUUCAGCAAUGCUGUUCUAUCGCAAAGAACCUCCAGGGUCCUGCACGAACCCAGCUCUACACACACUUUAUUCAGAAUGGCCUAUUUGCCGUUAUAGAUUUUGCGCUGCUUCACGAAGACGCUGCAGUCAGGAUCGCCGAUCAGCGACAAACAGAAGCCAUUGACCGAUACAUUAAUCGAACUAUUGCUGGGAGAGCAGGAUUUGGGAGUAAAGGACAAAUUGCGGAUGCUAUUAGGGUAUUACUGGAUCCCGCGACAGGACCGCAACUUGAAGGACUUGGAAAGACCAGUGAUAUCACCAUGAGACUACGAAGCCAUUCCACGGACCACGAGACGGAGAGUUUCUUGAAAAACUUUUAUGAUGAGUCUGCCAAGAAACUAUUUCUGCCAUUAUCUGACUUAAGCAAGAGAACAUCACUAAAAGGGUUAUCGAUAGCGGAGGAUGAGUUUUAUAUCCGGCAUAUGAUCAAGCACAAGUUGUUCGAACCCAUUUUGAACAUUGUUAUUGAAACUAUGCCAAGAGAUAAUUUACUCAAUUCAGCUUGUUUAGAAUUCUUUGAAUUCAUCAAACGGGAAAACGUAAAGCAAAUUAUCCUUCAUUUGGUUGAGAAUUACCGUGAAAAGAUGUCAAAGAUUACAUAUGUCGAUACCUUCUCCGUUCUAAUCCUAAGAAACGAUCAAAUGCAAGAUAGUACUUUGCCGUCGAAUUAUCCCUCCGAGGUAGACCGCACGCCAAGAAACCAAAUCAACGGAGCACGAAGAUGGGACGGAAUCAAGGAAGCAGAUCCUUUGGAAGAGGAAUAUUUCAACGGCUCAGACGAAGAAGACAACGCUCCAGGCCUAAGGCUUAUUAACGGAGGACCACCGGUGAUGAAGGGAUUGGUGGAUUAUGCAGAUGAAGAAUCCAUGGAUGAUGUCGGAGAGGAGGCUGCUGUAAAGAAGGAAGACGAGAGUGAGGUCAAGGUUGAGAUAAAGACGGAAGAUUCGCCAGUAAAGGAUCCUUCAUCAUCAGCAACCCCAAGCCCCUCAACGUCACCGUCAACGGUCAGGUCAAAAUCAGAAGAGCCGGUAUCAAGCCUGCCCAUGCCCGAGCGACUGGCAGAGAAGAGGAGGAGAGAGGAGGAAGACGAUGAUGAGCUGGGUAAACUGUCUAGGACAAAAAAGAGAGGCCCAAGUGGUGGAAGUAGCCUCAUCCAAAUGGGGUCGAGGAAGAGGAGUUUCGGAGGCAGCGGCAGCCCGCCCAGCAAGAAGAUCGCCAUUAAUUUGGCAGUCAAAACGGCUACGGCGGGAGACGCAGCUGAUGAAAACAGCGAGGAGCCAACCAAGGUGGAAAUGAAGGAGGAGGAGGUCCCGAAAGAGGAGGCGUAA